GCAUCUUCUACUGCCCCCUGUGCAUACACUUGUUCUGCUCAGCUCUGCUCUCGCAGAAGGAGAAGACGACUCCGAGUUCUUCACCUCCGCUUCAGAGUCUGAUCAAUUCAGCUUCAUCUGGACCUGCUGCUGCACCGCACUAGUUGUUGACUGAGGAACUAAGUGUAGCAGCUGGUGCUGGCAUCAAUGGCGACGGCGAAGCCCAUCCUGUACGGUUCGUGGAUCAGCUCCUGCUCCCACCGCGUCCGGAUCGCUCUCAACCUCAAAGGUUUGGACUAUGAGUACAAGGCAGUGAACCCUCUGACAGAUCCAGACUAUGAAAAGAUCAAUCCAAUCAAGUAUAUACCAGCACUGGUAGAUGGGGACAUAGUUGUAUCUGAUUCUCUCGCUAUUAUCUUGUAUCUGGAAGAUAAGUAUCCUCAGCAUCCUCUCUUACCUAAAGAUCUCAAGACGAAAGCUCUUGAUCUUCAGAUCGCAAACAUAGUUUCCUCGAGCAUCCAACCUCUCCAGGGCUACGGCGUAAUUGGUUUAUAUGACGGUAGGUUGAGCCCAGAUGAGAGCCUUCAGGUGGUUCAACAUUACAUUAACAAGGGUUUCAGAGCAAUCGAGAAACUUUUGGAAGGAUGUGACAGCAAAUACUCCGUUGGAGAUGAAGUCCAUUUGGGAGACGUGUACUUAGCACCACAGAUCCAUGCUGCUAUCAACCGCUUCCAGAUUGAUAUGACAAAGUACCCAAUUCUGGCACGAUUUCACGACGCUUACAUGGAAAUUCCGGCAUUUCAAGCUGCACUCCCUCAGAACCAGCCAGAUGCACCUUCAUCCUAAUAAUCGAAGAACUCGAGCGGCGUGUAAGUUUCUGCAAUAAUCAAGGAGCUGGCCAUUGCAUUCCUGCAGGUUGCAGCAACAUCCGACCGUUUGUACACUCAAGUGUUUGGCGAGAAAAAUAACCAAACUCUAAGACAGAGAGUGUGUUUUAUCAACGCGUCAGGAGAAAGAAAAAGGUGCGGGCAUGCCAGUGUACUAAUGUAUACAAAUAAAGAAAACAAAGUAGGAAAACAUGUAUUUAUUAAUCUCACUAUGGAGAAACAAAAUUACAAGUUUCUUAUAAAUAAUGCGCUCCGUGUGGCCUGCUAGCAUGGCCAACAUGA